GAAUAGAGGCGAAUGAGUAAUUGUAAUGACAUAUAGUAGGUUGAUUUUGUUUUGUUGGACGGAAAAAGACCACUUUCACAAUCUAAAAACUAAAGUUCCCAAGAGAUUUUAUAGAAAAAAUCAACAAAAUGGUUGAUCCAAAAUUCGAAGAUCUGCCCGGAAUCGCACACGACGAGCCCGAUGUGUAUGAAACUCCCGACGUACCUGAAGUAGAGUCGCCGGAUUUCUACGAGGAGCCCGAAACCGAACACAUUGAACGUUUACACAUUUCUCCAAAGGAUGCGUACAACAAAUUCAAAGGCAAGUAUCUAACCGGCUACGUGGACUUUUCGGAUCGUAUAAGUCGUCGUUUACGCACUGGUUAUGAUGCACGUUCUGGAAUCUAUGAAUACGGUACGGACGAUGAGGAAAAAGAGACACCGGUUCAAAAGUGUCGUCGUCUUCAGCUGGAAAUGGACGAACUGAUGCAGGAAUUGGAUGGCUUAAACACGGAUAAAACCACAUCGAAGGAGGAUAAACAAUGCUACGAAGCAAUUGGCAAUGUUGUGAACAAUGCCAAAAAAGUUUUGACUGGUUUACGAUUAGAGCAAGUGUUAGGAUCUGAAGCGACCACAGCCACUGCAGACGCUGAAAUGAAGAAGCUAUUGACUCAAAUUGAUGAAUACAAGAAAAGCAGCUCAUCCGUUCAAGUGCCAGUAAAAUCAGCCACCGAAUUGGUGGCAUCGUCACGAAUCGCUGAGCUUGAGAAUAAAUUGCACGGCAUUGAAUCGGUGAUUGGUGCACAGCCGGAGAAAUUGACACGAUUGUCAUUGGCAUUACAUUCCAAUAAUUUACUGGAUGCUGUUCAAAAAGUGUCCACCAUCGCAGCUCUGCUACAACCGACUCAAUUGGAUGUGAUCGAAACUCGAAUUGAGAAUUUAGCCAACAAAAUGGACGCAAUUGUAGCCACAUCGAACAGCAUCAGCAAAGAUGCAUCAGUUGAUCAAAAAACUAUUGAACUGUACGAAAUAGCUAAGCGAGCCGAACCAAUCGCACAAUUGCUACCAAAUAUGCUGCAACGUAUGCAAGCCCUUGAAAAUCUUCAUAACUAUGCGACCAAUUUCAGCAAAAUCAUUGCUGAGCUCGAAGCACAGCAGCAAACUCUAUUGACUAGUCUAGCGGGCAAUAAAAAACUCUUGCAAAACGUACAAGAAGCAUUCGCUGUGAAUUUGGAGAACGUUAAGAAGGAAGUGGCUAAACUUGAAUCACGUUUGAAUACGCUCAAAUCGAAAUAAUCUGGAAUUUUGUCAGCUAAAAUCGGUUUUAAAAACGUAUCGAUAUAUUCAAAACUAACACAAAUUGAAAGAGAAUUAAUGAAAGCCUGUAACAUUUUUGUACACUUCAUUCAAAAUAUACGCUUUAUUUAUCCUUUGCUUUUUGAAAAUAUUCUGAGUUAAAAUUUCUUUUUAGUAUUAAAAUUGUUACGAUUCCCUAUAUAUUUAAUCCACGCCUGAAUAAAAAUAAAGCAAAUGAAUGAGAUUAAAAAAGAA